GUGAGAAGUCAGCAUACUUAGGGCGAAAGUAAGCGAGAUAAAUAAAAAAUGUCAAUCUCUGUAAUGUGAAUGAUUCCGCGGAAGGCCGUCCAGGCACCAUCAAUGAGGGGCAAGGCGGGAAGACGCAUAGAGUUUAUAGUUUAUAAUGAUGACAGUUAAGUUGAUUCCGUUCAAUGGAAAUUAUUGGGAACUCCCGGAGAAGUUGUCAUUCUUGGUUUUUGGCGCGAGCAAGCUCUCUUUUGCAAAUAGGGUUUAGGGAGAUGGAUGGAUGGGGGGAGGGGUGUGGAUAUGGAUAUGGAUUUCAGGGUAAGGAUUGCGAGCGGGAAGAGGGAACGGGGAGAGGGAUGGGAUAAGGAAUCGAUAUAUUAAGACCGGUGAGAUGGGUUCGGACGUGGGAAUUCGGACAAGGGACGUGAGAGGGUGUGAGAAGAUUGCGGGGAAGGAGGAGUUUGUUUGGUUUCUGUUUGUCUCUGGUGUGUGCGUGUAUGGGUGUAUGGGUGUUUGGAUCAUGUGGAUUACUUUUUGUGAAAGGGAUUCCUCUCACACGUCAAUAUGGCGUGUUGUAAAACGGCCGACUGAACGGACUACUACUCGGGGGAAUAUGUACAUGGGUGUUGGGAGGGGCCCAAAUCUCCACUUUGGAAUUAGGUCGACUUUGCUGCCUAUAUCGAAAUGAAGUUUUUUUUCUUCUUCCCUUACUAUUCGCGAAAAAAAAAG